GGCCGGUUCCUGGUGCGUCACGGGGGAGUUCCUUAAAGGGGAAGUGAGCGGGGCUGCGGGGCGGGUGUGGGGUGCGGUGGUCCGCGGGGGAGGUCCCCCGCGCUUUAAAAUAAUGCCCGCGGCGCCCGCGCGACCAUGCAAUGGCGAGCGCUUGUCCUGGGGCUGGUGCUCCUCCGGCUUGGCCUCCAUGGAGUGCUGUGGCUCGUCUUCGGGCUGGGGCCCAGCAUGGGCUUCUACCAGCGUUUUCCGCUCAGCUUCGGCUUCCAGCGCCUGAGGGCUCCCGACGGCCCCGAGUCUCCUGCGUCGGGGCCCGCGAGCCGGCCCGGGGGGCCGUCGGGGCCGUCGUGGCUGCAGCCUCCGGGCCCCGGGGCGGCGGCAGCGGGACGGCGGCGGGCUCCGCGGCGGCCGGAGCCGGGCGUGUGCGGCCCGGCCCACUGGGGCUACGUGCUAGGCGGCCGGGGCCGCGGCCCGGACGAGUACGAGAAGCGCUACAGCGGCGCCUUCCCGCCGCAGCUGCGCGCCCAGAUGCGCGACCUAGCUCGGGGCAUGUUCGUCUUCGGCUACGACAACUACAUGGCGCACGCCUUUCCCCAGGACGAGCUCAACCCCAUCCACUGUCGCGGCCGAGGGCCUGACCGCGGGGACCCUUCAAAUCUGAACAUAAAUGAUGUCCUCGGGAAUUACUCAUUGACUCUUGUUGAUGCGUUGGAUACACUUGCAAUAAUGGGAAAUUCAUCUGAGUUCCAGAAAGCAGUCAAAUUAGUGAUCGACACAGUUUCAUUUGACAAAGAUUCCACCGUCCAAGUCUUUGAGGCCACAAUAAGGGUCCUAGGAAGCCUCCUCUCUGCCCACAGAAUAAUAACUGACUCCAAGCAGCCCUUUGGUGACAUGACAAUUAAGGAUUAUGAUAACGAAUUGUUGCACAUGGCCCACGACCUGGCUGUGCGGCUCCUGCCGGCCUUUGAAAACACCAAGACAGGAAUCCCCUAUCCUCGGGUGAAUCUAAAGACGGGCGUUCCUCCUGACAGCAAUAAUGAGACAUGCACAGCAGGCGCUGGUUCCCUCCUGGUGGAAUUUGGGAUUCUGAGCCGACUCCUGGGGGAUUCUACAUUUGAGUGGGUGGCCAGACGUGCUGUGAAAGCCCUUUGGGACCUGCGGAGCAAUGAUACGGGAUUAUUAGGCAAUGUGGUGAACAUUCAGACGGGCCGCUGGGUUGGAAAGCAGAGCGGCUUGGGCGCUGGCCUGGACUCCUUCUAUGAAUACCUCUUGAAAUCUUACAUUCUCUUUGGAGAAAAGGAAGACCUCGAGAUGUUUAAUGCUGCGUACCGGAGUAUUCAGAACUACUUAAGAAGAGGGCGGGAAGCCUGUAACGAAGGAGAAGGAGACCCGCCGCUGUACGUGAAUGUGAACAUGUUCAGCGGGCAGCUGAUGAACACUUGGAUUGACUCUCUGCAGGCCUUCUUCCCUGGACUGCAGGUUCUGAUUGGAGAUGUGGAAGAUGCCAUCUGCCUCCAUGCCUUUUACUACGCCAUCUGGAAACGCUACGGGGCCCUCCCUGAGAGGUAUAACUGGCAGCUCCAGGCCCCCGACGUGCUCUUCUAUCCACUGAGACCGGAGUUAGUGGAGUCUACAUAUCUCCUCUACCAGGCAACCAAGAAUCCCUUCUACCUCCAUGUAGGAAUGGAUAUUCUGCAGAGUCUGGAAAAGUACACAAAAGUCAAGUGUGGGUAUGCGACGUUGCAUCACGUCAUAGACAAAUCCAAAGAGGACCGGAUGGAGAGCUUCUUUCUCAGUGAGACCUGUAAAUACUUGUAUCUGCUAUUUGAUGAGGAGAAUCCAGUCCACAAAUCUGGAACCAAAUACAUGUUUACAACUGAGGGACACAUUGUAUCUGUGGAUAAACAUCUUCGGGAAUCACCCUGGAAGGAAUUCUUUUCCGAAGACGGGGGGCAGGACCAAGAGGGGAAGUCUGUGCACAGGCCUAAAUCACCCGAGUUAAAAGUCAUCAACUCCAGCUCCAACUGCAAUCGUGUUCCUGACGAGAGGAGAUACUCCCUGCCCUUAAAGAGCAUCUACAUGCGGCAGAUUGACCAGAUGGUUGGCUUGAUUUGAUCUACUCUUCUCCGUGUGGCCUCAUCUGAAACCGGAUGGAAACAGCCGAACCCACACUGUGCAGAGACCAGUCUGAAGCGGGAGAGGAUGGCAGUCUGGCCAUCCGUGAUGGUGUAGGAAUUUCUGUCCAGCUCCUCACACACAUCUAGCAGAUUCUUGCAUACAUUAGUGUUUCCUCUUCUGUUCAAUAAAAUGCCCUAUUUUUUUUAAGGAUAUAAUUUGAAGUAGGAAGGUACAUAGAAGUUGGCUUCUUAGGACAUGCUGAUUUUAUAAGCACAGUGUGGAUGGGGCAUCUUUGGAUGGAGCUUCAUAGCUUCCCACUUUGGAAUCUGACAAGUGUG